AUCAAAACAGAUAAAAUUUGACAGCUCGGCGAAUCUUUCUGCUAAAAUGCAAUGGGACAUGGAGGCGACGCUGUCAGAAACGAACUACGUCGUUUGUUCAACAUCGCCGGAGACCGGAGCGAAGUUUCGUCGGACUGUCGCGGGAUGUUAACGCGAGGAAAAAGUCUAGUUUGUCCCGCAUCUGCCACCGCUCUCUCACCGGUUAGCUUCCCCGGCUAACGACGGUUGCUCAUGUCCAUAUAUAGAGCGAACGCGGAGCCUCAUCACCGUGAGAUGUAAACAAACAGAUAUGUUCUUAAAUCGUCAAAAAAAUUACUUAACAUAUUUAAAUACAAUCGCGACUUUUGUGAUAACUGUCACAUGUUCUUUGCCAGUUAAAAUAACUUAAGUAUGUUUGAAGCAGUUCUUUUUUUUUGGUAAAUUCUAAUAUUUGCGUUAAUAUAGGGAUACAGCGAACGGUUAUUUUGAUUACUUGAUUAAUGAAUCUGGUAUGUUUGUCCCAAACCAUAAAAUUAUUGUCGAUUAGUAAUUGAUUAAUAAUCUCCCAAUUGUUGCAGCCCUACAUACUAAAGAGUAGUCAAUAUUUCAAUGCUUUUUCGGGGCAAUGCUACAUUAUUAUUAAGACUAUUAAGUUAAAGUAAAAUUUAGCUUCUAUGUCAAACAUUAGAGACAUUGGUGUCAGGAGGAAAAAGGAGUCAGACAGAAAUAAUACUUAAAUACUUGAAGAGAAGAAGAAGAAGAAGUAGAAGGAGCAAAAGACAGGGAAAAAGAAGGGAUUAAUGAAACACGACAGAUGCAAACAUAAGCUCCAGGAUGUCGUCUGACCAGGUCAUCGCCAUUGUCAUGAACGACAAAACCUACGAGGUGAAUAAGAAGAAGCUCAUAGAGAAGAGCGACUACUUCCGUGCGCUGUACAGCUCUGGCAUGAGGGAGUCCACGGAGAACUCGGUGCAGCUGCAGGGACUCAGCGUCCCCGGCCUGGAGCUGGUCCUGGAGUUCAUCAACACGUCCAAGGUCCAGGUCGUCAACGAGACUCUGGAGGACCUGAUUGAGACCGCCUCCUUCCUGCAGGUCACCUCCAUCCUCAAGCUGCUGAGCUCCGAGAUCCGGCUGGACAACUGCGUGGAGCUGUACAGCCUCUCCGAGGUCUACGGCACUCACGAUCUCCGCACCGCGUGCCUCAAGUACAUGAGCUGCUACUAUCAUCCCAUGCUGAGGCGGCCCGAGUUCAGCAGCCUCCCCUCUGCUGUCCGAGACCAGCUCAGGGAGAUGCGUAUGAAGGGCACGGCCACCCUGGUGGCCAUCGGGGACUUCACCUGUCUGUCCAUGGACGUGCCCGAUCAGGACGAGCCCUGGUCCAUGCUGAGGUACGGCGAGGUGGAGCAGCGGUGGAAACCGCUCGCAAACAACCUGCCGCCGGACAUGAUCAACGUCAGAGGGUACGGCUCGGCCGUCCUCGACAACUACCUGUUCAUCGUGGGCGGUUACAGGAUGACGAGUCAGGAGAUCUCCGCCGUGCACUGCUACAACCCCAGUCGCAACGAGUGGAACCAGGUGGCGCCGCUCAACCAGAAGCGGUCCAACUUCAAGCUGCUGGCAGUGCAAGGGAAGCUGUACGCUGUCGGGGGUCAGUCUCUGGGCACCGUGGAGUGUUACAGCCCGGAGCAGGACUGGUGGACCUGCGUGUCCUCGAUGCCUGAUCCACUGGCUGAGUUCUCUGCCUGUGAAUGCCAGGGAGUGAUCUACGUCAUGGGUGGAUACACUGCAAGAGACAGGAACACAAACGUUCUCCGCUACUGUCCCACCUCGGACACCUGGUCGGUUUUCCGCUCGUGCUCCGCGCACAUCCGGAAGCAGCAGAUGCUCUCGGUGGAGGACACCAUCUACCUGGUGGGCGGCUACACGCACGAGCUGGAGACGGGACACAGGCAGCGGCGUCCCAGCCAGACGGAGGACGUGCUGACGGUGCAGUCGUACAACGUCACCACGGGCGAGUGGAUCCAGCUGAAGGAGAACACGUCCAAGUCAGGCCUGAACCUGACGUGCACGCUGCACAACGACGGCAUCUACAUCAUGAGCAGGGACGUGAGCCUGCCCACCAGCCUGGAGCACCGCGUCUUUCUCAAGUACAACAUCUUCUCCGACGCCUGGGAGGCCUUCAGACGGUUCCCGGCCCUGGGACAGAACAUGCUGCUGUGUUCGCUUUACCUCCCCAACACGCUAUGAUGGACACUUGACGACGGGAAAGACAGUAAAGUGGCUCAGAACUGCGUCUGGUUGCCAGGUUGAACACCUCGUGACCAAUGUGCCUCAACAAAAGGAGAGAAACACAAAACACUACAUUGUACAGACCUGCUGUUGAUGCAAAUGUAAGCUUCAUUUUCAAGUAUGAAAGCGAUAAAGUGCAAUGGUUUGUGCCUUUCGUGUGCUAGCGCAUAAAUCGCAGUAUUAUUCAUCGGUUUCUCUGAAAAUAAUUACCAGGCAAAGUUUGGAAUAACCCACACGUGGCUGCUCUGAAGGUGUUUACUGCAUCCUUAAAGUGAAAGUUCAAGUUUCUAGAGCUGUGGAUGUAUGAGAUACUGACACAUACUGAACACUUAACAUGGCUGCCAGCAAGGAAUACCAGAUUUUAGCCACUUAACAGAAGGUUAACGUAAUAAAAUAUAUGCCAGAUUACGCCUGUUGUAUCUUAAAACUGUUUUGUUCACUGUUAAAGGACCUUUUCCAACAGAAAACAACAACAUUUGUGUUGCUUCCUGAACCAAACUCCAUAGAGAAAAUCAGUGAUUUUAACACCAUGGAACACAGGAGUUGUUCAUCCACUGCUGCCUCCAUUAGUAAGUUAAUAAGUCAUUUUGUGACUUCAGUGUUAAAAAUCUUUUGUUCAAAUAAAUAAGUGACCCAAACUUAACUAAAUGAGGCUGCAGCAGACCGGCAGCUCCUGUGUCGCUCUGAGCUAAAAACGAUGAUUUUCUCAAUGGAGUUUGGUGUGGGAGUGUGAGCUGUUUAAAAGCGUCAUAUUUAUCAGGAGGAAUAAGCAACAUCUUCUAAAGAUGGUGUGGACUUCAUGCUAAGUGUAGCUGCCUGUCUUAUGCUGGUUCUUCAGGCACAGGGGGCGCUCACAACACUUCAAAUAACCCAAACUCUCCUUUCAAAUACUAGUUUUACCAUCUGGGUGAAAGAUAUUCAGCACAGUGGACGCUAACAAUGAUUUAACCCAAUUUAAUGACUCACUCCCUGUUCAGGUUGAGUCAUGUGUUCAUUUUCAUGCAGCAAUCAGAAGAAUAAGAGGUUUUUAAUGAAUGAACCUUCUGGGUUUUUCUAAGCACCUGGUGAUCCAUUUUUCCAGAGAACCACACAUUUGCCACUGUGAUACGAACACACGACGAGCACAAACGGUGGAUUAUCCUGCAUAAGAGCAUGUUUUAACAGCUACGGGCCUCGCGGCUCCUCAAUGUUUACACCCGAUGUACAUUUUUAAUCCAUAAUUCACGACAGACUUACAGAAAUAAUACCACGUUUCCCGUCUCUGAAGACAAACGGCUUUGGUUUUACACUGCCACACGUUUAAUGGGGGAACAUGAAAUUUCUGUGAACUGUUCUUUGUUUUCCAAACACUCGCACACUUUAUUUCCCAGAGAUACGCCGCUACGAGCAAAGCUUAAAGGGCAAUUCCAUGAAAGUGACGACGCACACGUGCCUUCCGCAAAAAAAAAAACAACCUCAGUUAACAAAAAAAAAAGAAGAAAAAAAAAGCACAAAAUGCAAGACUUGUUACAUUGCCAGCAACUGACCAAAACUUUGACUUUUCUUUUUUUUCCGUUUUGAUUUAUCGGAUUAUUUUAGCUUCUCUCUGCUUUCAUCUGUCGGACGGGUCGCAGGUCAUGAUGAUGAUGAUGAUGAUAAUAAAGAUGAUGAUAAUCAGG